AUGUUGAAGACAAUCGGUGCAAAAAAAUCACUUUGGCAACAAGUGUGUGAAGAGUAUGGAGAGCAGCCCAGUCCUCCCAGUGCUGUGUGGACAGAUAGCAGCUCAAUGAGCACCCAGUUCUCCCAGUACAGCGCCAGUACACACUCCCCUGUGUUCUAUGGACUCACCACAGCCAAGGUGUUCGUGGAUGAUGAUCCUCUGAGAGACUUUGACCCUCUCCUUUGCCACCCUGCCCUCGCUGGCUACGCUGUGUUGGAAAGACCUCCUUCUUCAAGCCAGAAGCGCCCGUCAACUGCAGAAACUCCAUCACCUCCACAACUACAUGAACGUCCUGUCGCACAUUUUUUGGAGAGGAGAGUGUUUCCAGUGUUGUUGCCUGGACUUGAGGCUUUGCUGAAAGAAGCCCGGAAACAUGGCUGUUUUGAGAGGGUUAAAACAGCCUUUAACCCAUGCGACUUCCUGACUGAGUGGCUCUACAACCACAACCACCGCAGGCAAGAACAGGUGCCAGUGAACUUCCAUGACAUCCCUUUUGUCAAAGACUUUCUCAACAUGCACCCCAGGCCUCCCGUCCCUCUGUAUCUACUGCUGAGUGAGGAUCAGGCUGCUCUGCUCAUCCAGGCUUUCUGGAGGGGAUACAAGAUCAGGGCACGACCAGAUGUGCAGGAGCUGCGCCAGUGGCAGAAAGAACUGAGAGAGAACAGCGACAUUAGCAAAACUGUUGAGCAGUUCUGGGCCCAACAAGAGAGCCGAGUGGGCUCUGCCAUGACAGAUCUUCCAGGAAGCCUCCAGUCUGGCGACUCAGAUGUGUCCAUCCAGGUGGUUUCACCAACCCCCCAAGCACCCUGGUCCACACCCCAACCCCUCAGAUGACCCCUGAGGGUGUCGAGUGGCUGACCCCCAGCCUCUGCAGCGUGGAGAAAAUGGCCUCCACACCA